UCCUGCAGCUCAGUGAGACAGCCAGACCCGCCUCAGGUUUCCCUCCGGACUCCUUGCUGGAAUGGAAAAAGAAGAUUGUCUGGCUCAGUGUGAUAAUGACUGCAAAGCUUACUGCUGUGAUGGGACUACUCCCUACUGCUGUUCAUAUUAUGCCUACAUUGGGAAUGUCCUUUCAGGCACGGCGAUAGCCGGGAUUGUUUUCGGUAUCGUGUUUAUAAUGGGAGUGAUCGCCGGGAUCGCCAUCUGUAUCUGCAUGUGCAUGAAGAACAACCGUGGGACGCGCGUAGGGGUCAUCCGAACGACGCACAUCAACGCCAUCAGCGCGUACCCAGUGGCCCCACCACCAUACAGUUAUGAAUACGAAAUGGAAUACCCAGCUGACCUACCUCCACCUUAUACUCCAACGCCACAGACUUCAAUGCAGUAUCCUCCACCCCCUCCUUACCCUGGAUAUUCAGGGAAAUAAUUACACGGCUUCACGUGGAUAUCAGCAGCUUCUUGAAACAGCCAGCACCGUUGGGACAAAUGCUGUCAGCUCAGGGACAAACACGAUGGGGUUUGCAUCAACACCCAUGGCCAGGUGUUGGAAUAACCUUGGGAGGGUUGCCGUGGUCAGGAUGAAGUCCACUCCAGACCAUCACAUCUCACAAUUAAACAAUGCGUGACCAAAGAAACAGUUCCUGUAAGUUAGUGCCUGAUGGGUAGUGCUUAGCAUCAGUGCUUGCCUUCAGCUGCAGCCUGGUACAGUGUGUGGGACUGGGUGUCUGCUCAUGUAAGAAGGUGCAAGUGAUGCAGACGGUUCAACCAGCUGUUCCAAAAGCACAAGAAGCAGCUGCUGGGUCUUAUUCUGGGGGAAAGCUCCAACUGUUGUCUUCAAGUGUUAUGCCUUCCCUUGAAAUAAGGGAAAUAAGGAAGAACAAGGAAGACUGAAGCCAUUUUCAGUUUCUUCUGUGGGCUGAUAAUACCCAAUGAUCAGCUGUGCAUAUUGGUCUGAUAAGCUUAUUACAAAGAGAAGUGCUGUCGGAGUUAUUUAAUAACCAAAAAAUGAUGGAUGUUAUUUUUGGCCAAGUGCAGGUUGGUUUAAGUGCCUACUUUUAAACAGUUUGAGACUAGUUUGUGGCCUCAAAUGUAAACAAAAAGAGCAUUUUUAUAUGUGAAAUACACUAAUUUAUAGAUUAUUUACUUUUACUUGGACUUAAAUAUUGUAUACAUUGGGAAUAUGCUACAAUGCCUUUCUAUCAGCCAAUGAUACUUUUGAUUUUUUUCAUAAGUGGGAGAAGAAAUACGAACCAAAUAUUAAAAGAUCAUAGUUUGUCUUCAA